AUGCAACAAGGAGUCAUCGAUGCCGACGCACUACCACCUCAGGAUGACUCCGAACCGGAUUAUCCUCCGCUAUUGCAGCAAGUGCGAAACAAUAUGCUCAAGUUCAGUCACUGUGUGCUAGUCACCCGUGUUGGUGGCUUCUAUGAGCUGUAUUUUGAACAUGCAGACGAGUUUGCUCCCCUAUUGAACCUCAAAAAGUCCAAAAAGAAGACAAUGAAAGGUAGCAAGAAACCCGCGGUUCCUAUGGCCGGUUUCCCCGCCUACCAGCUAGAUCGAUAUCUCAAGAUUCUUGUGCAGGAUCUGAACAAGCACGUUGCAAUCAGUGACGAGUUUAUUAACGAUGUAUCAGCAAGAGCAAAGGGUGAGCCUCAGUAUAUGAGAAAGGUGUCACGAAUUGUGACGCCAGGCACCCUUAUCGACGAGCAUUUCAUGGAUCCAUGGGAGAAUAACUACCUCCUGAGCGUCCAUGUAGACCCAAAAGCCCUUAGCGAAGAGAAGGCUGUGAAGGAGAGUCCUGGCAGCCCCAGUGUGUCUUCAAUUCUCAACCUGCCCCGCACUGAGGUCGGUCUGGCGUGGAUUGACUUGUCAAGUGGUGACUUCCUUACUCAGAGUACCGAUAUCGCAUCUUUACCUUCGGCGAUAGCUCGCAUCAAGCCGAGAGAGAUUUUAUUAGACAGCGUCUUCCAAGAACAUGAUCAUUCGCGCAUUGUGUCGAUCAUGCAGGAAGAUGGGCACACGGUCACAUUCCAGAAGCCUUCAGAACAACCACUCACCGUCACAGACUGGAUACCCAUGUUGGAAGAUGUUGUGGAGGAUUUCGACAUGGCCAAUUUUACCUCCAGUGAAGUUGCUGCAGGAGGCUCAUUGUUGCACUACGUUAAGCAUCAAUUGCUCGGAUCACGUACCCGACUCCAAGCACCUGUGAGACAUCAAGCCGAAGAACAUAUGAGUAUUGAUAAGAGCAGCUUGAGAGCGUUAGAGAUUCGGAGUACAAUUCGAGAAGGCACUUUAGAAGGCAGCCUGUUACACUCACUGAACAGGACCGUUACUAAGAGUGGUACCAGGCUACUCACGCAGCGUUUAGCUGCGCCAUCAAUGUCACUCUCGACAAUCAAUGAUAGGCUCGAUCUUGUAGAAGAGAUGAUACAGUAUCCCCAACUUCGUCAAGACAUCAUUGCGCUAUUGGGUCAAACUUAUGAUUCUCUCCGCUUAGUGACCAAAUUCACGUAUGGCCGUGGCGAUGCCGAUGAUCUUGUGGAACUCUCCAAGACUAUCAUCACGACCUCCAGGAUUGUGGAGACCCUCCAUGAACAUGCCAUCUCGAGAGGUGCCGUUCCUAUCGAUUCCACAGCAGAAGUUGCAGAGGCGCGACGGAGACAAUGUAUCUCUACACUAGAGCGCCGAUUCGAACUAGCACAGUCCCUUGAGCUUGCACAACGCAUAGAGCAAGCUAUUGAUGAAGACGGGUUGUCCGAGUACCAUCGCAUAGAAGAGGAGGAAGCUGAAGAGAUGUCCGACCUAGCCCAGGACGUACUGGGCCGAGAAGCAGGAGAAGAAGACUUGAAGAGCAUGCCAAAGCGCGUCCAGCCAAAGCCGCAUAUGAUUGUCGGAAGUUUCAAGAGCGCAACAGACGGAAGAGAUGACGUCCAUAUCAUGAAGCGCAAUGCCAGCUCGACCUUGGAGCGACUUCACAAGAGUCUGGACUCCAUGGUAGAACAGAAGAACAACCUGGAAAAAGAGUUGCGUCAAAAGAUGAACACGGAAAGCUUGGUGUUGAAGUGGACUCCGAAUCUCGCACACAUUGCGCAUGUAAAGGGGAAAGACGCAGCUCGUGCCACCGUCCAUUAUCCCAAAAGCUUGAGUAGCAGCAAAUCAACUCGCUCCUUUCAGAUCCCGGAAUGGACGCAACUGGGAGCACAGAUGGAUGAAACCCGCUUCCGCAUUCGAUCAGAGGAGCAGCGUAUUCUUGGCGGGCUCCGCGAAGCUGUCGUGCGAAAUCUUGUGAAGCUUCGGCGUAACGCUGUCGUGCUGGAUGAACUUGAUGUGGCUGGCGCCUUUGCGAUCCUCGCCGCCGAAAAGAACUUCGUCCGGCCGAUCUUAAGUGCAGAGCCAUCAAACAAUGUUGUAGGCGGUCGGCACCCUGUUGUCGAAACUGGACUAGAUGAGCAAGGUCGUAAGUUCGCACCAAACGAUUGCCUUCUUGGAGAAAAGGAGCGCAUAUGGCUCAUUACCGGCCCAAACAUGGCUGGUAAAAGCACUUAUCUGCGACAGAAUGCCCUCAUAUCGAUCUUGGCCCAGACCGGGUCUUUCGUACCGGCGGAAUACGCAGAGAUCGGGCUCGUUGACAAGAUUUUCAGUCGGGUUGGCUCGGCAGACAACUUGUAUCAAGAUCAGUCUACAUUCAUGGUAGAGAUGCUGGAGACAGCACAGAUUCUUAAAGAGGCCACGCCCCGUUCAUUUGUCAUCAUGGAUGAGGUUGGUCGAGGAACGACACCCGAGGAUGGCAUCGCUGUGGGUUAUGCUUGCCUGCACCACCUCUACCACGUUAAUCAGUGUCGUACGCUAUUUGCAACCCAUUUCCAUGCCCUCACCGAUAUGACGAAGGAUUUUGAGAAAUUGGGUUGCUAUUGCAAUGAUGUGCAAGAAGAGCCUGACGGCAAAUUUUCCUAUAUACAUCGGCUGAGGAAAGGUGUCAAUCGAGAAAGCCACGCUUUGAAAGUGGCUAGAGUAGCGGGCCUUCCGGAAGACGCCGUUGCAAUUGCAGCUAGCGUUCUCAAAGAACUAAAGGGUACGGCAGGCAAGCGGAGGGAAGUCGGAGAAUAUCACUAG